AUGCCUGCUCUUUGUAACUUGAUUGCAUUUGCAGGAACAAUCAAAACAGCUUGCGACGUUGAAGAGGGAGUAGCCUGUCAGGUGGUUUUGACCAAAACAUUACUGAAUAUGCGAGCCGGUCGUCCGGAGACAAAUUCCACGGCCCAUAAUAUUAUUAUGAAAAUGAACACGAAGCUGGGCGGUGUUAACAACAGAGUGCACCAGAGUUAUAAUAUCUAUGAAACAUCAAUAAAAGUUCAACAUCCACAAGCGGAGCGUAUCGUUUACUUAGUGGAUGCUCUGAAAGAACGUUUGUUGGCAUUUUACAAAGCAGUUGGUACAUCGCCAAAACAUAUCAUCGUUUAUCGUGACGGAAUUUCGGAAACCGAAUUUCUGAACACACUCAAAGAGGAACUGGCAUUAGUGAAAGCAGCGUGUAGAAAGCUCGAUUCGGAAUAUUCUCCCACAGUAUCGUAUGUUGUUGUACAGAAGCGUCAUCAUACGCGAUUCUUUGCUGAACCAUCAGUUGCGUCUCGUUUUGGAAACUUAAGAGAGUGCAUGGGUAACAUUCCACCAGGGACGACGGUUGAUAUGCGUGUGACCAGUUCGCACCUCUUCGAUUUCUUCCUUUGCUCACACCUGGGCGCAAUUGGAACAUCACGCCCAAGUCAUUACUAUGUCCUCUAUGAUUCCUGGAAUCUAACACCAGAUGAAUGGCAGCACCUGACUUUUGCCCUCUGCCAUGUCUAUGCUCGAUGCAAUCGAUCUGUUUCAAUCCCGGCGCCAGUGUAUUAUGCGCAUCUUGCAUGUGCCCGCGCCAGUAUACAUGAUGAUGCAUUGUUCGGCAUUCGAGGAUCAACAGAAUCAAGAGACGCUGCUGGUGGUGCUCCAGCACGCUCGGAGCAGGAAACAACCCGAACGCAUCAAAUGGCACUGUGUGUAAAUGAAGCAUCGCCACGAAUGUAUUUCGUUUAA